CACGAAGUAUCAAUAUGGUGAAUGACCGAUGGAUUACAUUAGCCGUUGUAUUUGGUGCAGUUUUGUGUUCCAAAGGCGAAAAUAUCAAUGAUAAUGGUGUUUAUGCUGGCAUAACGAAUUUAACUUCAUCGAUAUGUGAGAGUAUCCCUAAUUAUCACUAUGUCCGAUCGUUAGAAAAUUGUCAGUACUAUUAUCAGUGUAUUGAUGGUGUUGCUUACAAGCUUUCAUGUCCACAAUACUAUUGGUUCAGUGAAGAACAUCAACGAUGUGGGAAUCGUUACGAGUUUGAAUGUGAUCUAGAAUCAACAACCCCGUCACAGACGCCUCCAGCUGAGCCGCAAAAUCGAUGCUUGGGAGAACCCAACUUUAGUUUCGUUAGCGACCACACAUAUUGUCACCAAUUUUCUAUGUGUCUACUCGAUAUCCCAUUCCCAAUGGUUUGUUGGGACGAGUUGUGGUUCGAUUCUGAGCAGCAGAGUUGUAUUCCGCCGGAUGAAAGUACGUGUGAUGCAUCAACGCCACCGCCGACUGAUCCACCUACUACGAAUGUCUGCAACGGUGUCGAAGAUGGCGAAAGAGUGCUUGGGUCAAAGUAUUGCAACCAAUACUAUGAGUGUCGAAACCAAACCGCAAUUUUCACAGUUUGUAUUGAUGGACUGUUGUUCGAUGAAGAUCGCCAGGAGUGUGUGCACCCAGUAGAUGCCCAUUGUCCUUAUGGAGUGCAGAACACCCCGACGCCGGACGUCUGCAAUGGAGUUGCUGAUGGAUUACUAGUAGCCUCAUCGAACAGUUGUUCAGUCUAUUACGUCUGUGCCAAUAACGUCGGUUAUCGGUUGUUCUGUCCUCGUGAUCACUUUUUCGAUCAAAAUUUGCAACGAUGUUAUGAAAGCCAGGAUGAAAUUUGCUGGAUUGAAAACAUAUAGUGCUAGUGAGUGGGCUUAGGGAAAAUACAGUUUAGCUGGACGAAUCUAUCAACAGGCUGACCGAUUAGAAGUGUUGCUAGUUCAAAAGGUGGUAUUUUCCUUAUUUCUCAACAAAUUAUAUUAAAAGAAAACACUACCAAGUUUUGAAUUUUAUUUCGAAUUCCGGAUGUAUCCAUUUACUGCGCAAACAAACUACGAAGGAACAGACUGCUCUAUGCUCCUUGGCGUCGUUUCCUAUCCCCUUCGAAUGACUUGAAAAAAGUCACAGGAGGGUUGCGUCCGAGACACGACCGCAUAGUUGACGUAGGAUUCCGUUAGGCUGACUGUUGAUUUUGAAUAUUUGGAAUAGCAUCGUUAAUGUCUUUGAUAAUGAUUUGGUGGCCCUGAAGCACCGUUUUGAUUGGUUGUUGGGUAUUGUUUGUUUACUUCACCAGUGUCUACCGAGUGAUGAUGACAGAAAGAUGGUAAACCAUAGUUGGAUUGUGCGAAUCAGAU